GGGCUUGAACUCACAACCCCUAGAUCAAGAGUCACACACUUUUCUGACUCAGCCAGCCAGGUGCCCCUGGAAAUACCUUUUGAUUUAUAAAAGUAAGAUUUUUUUUAUUCAUGAAGUGCUAGGCACUCCCUGUGCUGUAUAUCUGUAUAUAAUUUUUCACAAAUGUAAAUGCAUUUUUGCUUCUAAAAUACAUUAUUGCUCCUAUUUUACAAACGAGGAAAGUACAUCUUCAGGAAAGCUAAUUAACUUGCCAAAUAAAAGAGAUCAAUAAAAGAUUUGAACUCAGGCCUAUGCAUUUAUAUACAUUAUUGUCCUUACUUGCCAUUACCGGUUUCUUUGUUCAGUAAUAUAAAAGUCAUCAUAUAUAGCUUAUCUUCCAAAUCACUUAAUUUUUACAUUACAAAUUGGUUUUUGUUACAUCAAAGUAGGAAACAGGGCACCUUGAAAAGGGGCAAAGAAACAGACCACUGUAUUGGGAAGAGCAGCAGGGGAGCUAUUCUUCCUUUCCCUUUCCCUAACCAGAUGUAUGGCUUUGCGCUUUUAUAAGGAAGGCUACAAAGACAGUAAAGCUGAACUGGCGGCCCUUAAGAAGACACGUAUGGUGAUUAACGUAACAUAAUAAUAAAAAAAAUAAAAAAUCUUUCUAAUUGGGAAAAAUAAAAGAAGACACGUAGUCCAACGCCUUCGUUUUAUAGAUGAGAGAGACUAAGUGGCUUGUAUAAUUGACAACGUGGCCGACUGUACAGCCAAAUCCUAACGGCUAGUGUUGUUCUGAGUCAAAGCACCCCUCCUUGAACAAACAUUUACUGAAUGCCACCUGUAUGAGGCAUUUGGUUGCAGUGAUACCCAUUUGGUAUACUAGUAUUGAUUUCCUCCUCCUCCUCUUAAUACUGCUCAGUCCUCUCCCCCGCCCCGCCUUUUUUUCCCCUUCACUCCAGCACUUUUAAAAACCGGCCUUGCAUGCUGAGUUAAAUGGGGAAAAUCGUAGUGCAAGCCUGGCGUCAGACGCUGACUGACGUGACCCUGGUGGGCAGCAAGGUCCCCGCAGCAAUCUAAGAAGGCAGCGACGCCUUAGGACCCAGGGAGUGCCUCUCAGACAAUCCGGGUGUACGAGCGGGAAGGGAAGGGCGUUGCUGCCAACGGGAGAACUCUUCUGUGCAAGUUGCCUACGCAUUUGGCUUCUGCUGUAUGGUGACCCAAGGCAUUCGGCCAGGUCUCCUGCGCUCUCUUUCCACCCGGGUUUAUCCGGAAUUCAAAGCCUGCAGCAGUUUCUACCUAGGCCACGGCUGACCCUGAAAGGGACAUUUCCACCACCGCUGUUGGCUGAGAGUCCUCAGCCGCCGCGUUUCCCCGCCCCCGGCUUGCGCGCGUGGUCCGAAGGCCGGCAGGGUCAAGCUCCCUCAAGGCUCCCGGGAAAGGCCACAGCUUAGGUGUCGCCACGCGAGGCCUCCUGGGCAGACACCAGCCAAUCCUCAUGAGGCAUACACGAGCCCCAGCCAAUCAACGCCUGUCUUAUUCCUGGGCACCGCCCGCACCGGCCUUUUCUCCCUGCCCCCCUUCCCGGUGCCUGUAGUCGCGGCUGAAUCUGCAGCCGCCUCCACAGCUGACCCGGGCCUGGGGACCGGCCUCUCCCUGGCACCGUUCGGUUUCUCCAGUUGUCGUCACUGAGGAUGAGUCCCUGCGCAGCUGUGUGCUCGUCUCGCGGAGUACACGGGCGCACUUUCAUCUAGCGACUGGUCACCCUUGCAAUUAUGGAUAUUUAAAAGGAUCAGACAGUGUGGAGGGGGAGUUCCCCUCCUCACUCCCCCUUGGUGCUUGACUCCAGGAAUAAUUUAUAAACUGUGGAAAGUUUUUUUUUUUUAAUAGAGAACUUGCAUUUGAUAUAAACUUUAUAGAGCUAUUUAUAAUUUUUUGAUUUAAGUGCCAAAAUAAAUUGUACAAAGAUAUAUAGUUUUAUACUAUUGCCAUUGAGGAUUUAAAUUAUAAUCCUAAACAGGUCAUUUAUUCUCUAUAAAUCUUUCUGAAUAGCACCUUUUGUCCUGGCUUUUUCAUUUUUAAAAAUUAGUCUUAACUGACUACUCCAAAGAACUAAACUAAGCAGUAUAAAAACAAUUAGGAUGAAUUCUUCCAUCCCUGACUGCACAUCAAAGUGUCGAUCCCUGAAGCAUGCUUUGGAUGUCCUUUCUGUGGUAACAAAGGGGAAUGAAAACCAGAUUAAGGCCUUUCUCUCCAGUUAUUGUUACAAUGCUGCAACUAUCAAAGAUGCUUUUGGCAGAAAUGCCCUCCACCUUGUUUCCUCCUGUGGAAAGAAAGGAGUGUUAGACUGGCUUAUUGAGAAAGGAGUGGAUCUACUGGUGAAAGACAAGGAAUCAGGAUGGACAGCUUUGCACAGAAGCAUUUUUUAUGGACAUAUUGAUUGUGUUUGGUCUCUAUUGAAGCAUGGUGUUAGUCUGUAUAUUCAAGACAAAGAAGGCUUGUCAGCUUUGGAUCUUGUAAUGAAGGAUAGACCAACUCAUGUAGUAUUCAAAACUACUGAUCCUACAGAUGUCUACACUUGGGGAGAUAAUACAAAUUUCACCCUGGGUCAUGGAAGCCAGAAUAGCAAACAUCAUCCAGAGUUGGUGGAUCUGUUCUCCCGGAGUGGGGUUUAUAUCAAGCAGGUGGUGCUUUGUAAAUUUCAUUCAGUGUUUCUGUCUCAGAAAGGGCAGGUUUAUACCUGUGGUCAUGGUCCCGGAGGACGUUUAGGUCAUGGAGAUGAACAGACAUGCUUGAUCCCUAGGCUUGUGGAAGGACUGAGUGGUCAUAAUUGUUCCCAAGUGGCAGCUGCUAAGGAUCAUACUGUUGUACUGACUGAAGAUGGAUGUGUUUAUACAUUUGGUCUGAAUAUUUUUCAUCAAUUAGGAAUUAUUCCUCCACCUUCCAGUUGUAAUGUACCCAGACAGAUGCAGGCAAAAUAUCUGAAAGGAAGGACAAUCAUUGGAGUAGCAGCAGGCAGGUUUCAUACAGUGCUGUGGACUAGAGAAGCUGUUUACACUAUGGGGCUAAAUGGUGGACAACUGGGUUAUUUGCCAGAUCCCAAUGGAGAAAAGUAUGUAACUGCUCCUCGUCAAGUCUCUGCCCUUCAUCAUAAGGAUAUCACUUUGUCUUUGGUUGCUGCAAGUGAUGGGGCCACAGUCUGUGUUACCACAAGGGGAGAUAUUUACUUACUUGCAGACUAUCAGUGCAAGAAGAUGGCUUCUAAACAACUAAACCUGAAAAAAGUUCUUGUUUCUGGGGGGCGUAUGGAAUACAAGGUUGAUCCUGAAAAUUUGAAAGAAAAUGGAGGUCAAAAAAUUUGCAUUCUUGCAAUGGAUGGAGCUGGAAGGGUAUUUUGCUGGAGAUCAUUCAGCAGUUCUCUGAAGCAGUGUCGAUGGGCCUAUCCACGCCAGGUCUUCAUUUCUGACAUUGCUUUAAAUAGAAAAGACAUUUUAUUUGUCACACAAGAUGGAGAAGGAUUUAGAGGGAAAUGGUUUGAAGAAAAAAAAAAGAAUUCUGAAAAGAAAGCAGAGAUUUUAUCAAAUCUUCAUAAUUCCUCAUCAGAUGUGUCUUGUGUCUCUGAUAUAAAUAGUGUAUAUGAAAGAAUUCGACUUGAGAAACUUACUUUUGCCCAUAGAGCUGUUAGUAUCAGCACAGACCCAAGUGGAUGCAACUUUGCAAUCCUGCAGUCAGAUCCUAAAACAAGCCUUUAUGAAAUUCCAGCUGUAUCGUCAUCAUCCUUUUUUGAAGAGUUUGGCAAACUCUUAAGGGAAACAGAUGAAACGGACAAUAUACAUGAUGUGACAUUUCAAGUUGGCAAUAGAAUUUUCCCUGCACAUAAAUAUAUUUUGGCAGUGCAUUCUGACUUUUUUCAGAAAUUGUUUCUUUCAGAUGGGACCUCUUUAGACUUUACAGAUGUUUACCAGAAAGAUGAAGAUUCUGCAGGAUGCCAUCUCUUUGUGGUAGAGAAGGUUCAUCCUGACUUGUUUGAGUACCUUUUGCAAUUUAUAUACACAGAUACUUGUGAUUUUUUAAUUCAUGGCUUCACACCAAGAAUAAACUUAAACAAAAAGCCAGAAGAAUAUCAGGGCACUAUGAAUUCUCAUUCAAAUAAAAUGAAUUGCCAUGAAGAUAAUCAGAAGUCAGCAUUUGAAGUUUACAGAAGUAAUCAAGCUCAAACAGUCAAUGAAAAGCAGAAAAGCAAACCAAAAUCUUCCAAUAAAGGGAAAAAUAUUGGGGAAGAUGAUCCUGUAAGAAUGUUGCAAAAUGUUGCAAAGAAAUUUGGUUUCAGUAAUUUGAGUAGUAGGUUAGAUGGCGUCAAAUUUGAAAAUGGAAAAAUUAAUGUUAUUGAGAAGAAACCUGGUAUUAAAUCAAAGCUAAACCAGAAAAAAUGUUCAUUUCUAUGUGAUGUGACCAUGAAAUCAGUGGACGGAAAGGAAUUUCCUUGUCAUAAGUGUGUUCUUUGUGCUAGACUUGAAUAUUUUCAUAGUAUGCUGAGUAGCUCAUGGAUUGAGGCUUCCACUUGUACAGCUCUGGAAAUGCCAAUACAUUCUGACAUACUGAAAGUUAUUUUGGACUACCUCUAUACUGAUGAAGCUGUGGUGAUAAAAGAAUCUCAAAAUGUGGAUUUUGUGUGUAGUGUUCUUGUGGUAGCUGAUCAGCUUCUUAUAACUCGAUUGAAAGGGAUUUGUGAAGUAGCAUUAACUGAGAAACUUACCCUUAAGAAUGCUGCUAUGGUACUGGAAUUUGCAGCAGUGUAUAAUGCUGAACAAUUGAAACUGUCUUGUUUACAGUUUAUAGGACUGAAUAUGGCCGCCUUACUUGAAGCAAGGUCUCUUGAUGUUUUAAGUGAUGAUGUUUUGAAGGAUCUUUCUGUGUUUUAUAGGAAAAUGAUUCCAGCAAUGGAUAGAAGAGUCAUUACACCAUAUCAAGAUGGACCAGAUAUUAGCUAUUUGGAAGUAGAAGAUGGAGAUAUCUUUUUGAAAGAAGAAAUAAAUUUGGAACAGAAUUAUUCGGAAAGUAUGUUCAAGAAGGCAAAAACAAAAGCAAAAAAGAAGCCACGUAAGCGUUCAGAUAGUUCUGGAGGUUAUAACCUUUCAGAUGUUAUUCAGAGUCCACCAUCUACAGGACUGUUAAAGUCUGGUAAGACCAAUUCUGUGGAAUCUCUUCCCGAACUGUUGACAUCAGACUCUGAAGGAAGCUAUGCAGGAGUGGGUAGUCCUAGAGAUUUACAAUCCCCUGAUUUCACAGCAGGAUUUCAGUCAGAUAAACUUGAGGGGAAAAUUAAACCAUAUGUUAAUGGUACACCUCCUACAUAUUCAAGGGAAGAUUUAAAACCAUGGGAAAAAUCACCAGUACUUAACAUAUCUGCUCCACAAACCAUUCCCAGUAACAGAAUUGAUACUAUAAGCUCUUCCACUUGGGUUGCUGGCUCUUUCAGUCCUGUCAGCCCUCCUGUCAUGGAUCUCAGAACCAUCAUGCAAAUUGAAGAAAGUAGACAAAAAUGUGGAGCUACACCAAAGACAAAUUUGGGCAAAAUGAUUUCUCCUGGAGUUAAACUUUCUCAGAAGCAACGAAAAAUGAUUGCAAUGACUACCAAAGAAAACAAUUCAGGAACGAAUAGCAUGGAAACAGCUUUAACUGCUCCUUCAAAAACUCCAAAGCCAGCGAAUGCAUGGGCAUCUUCUCUGCAUUCAGUUUCAUCCAAGUCAUUCCGGGAUUUCUUAGAAGAAAAAAAAUCUAUUACUGGAGAUCAUGUCAAAAAAGUUUGUUUUAAAGGAAUAGACAAUUCCCCGGCUCCAAAAGUUGAAAGAUACUCGACUCAUGGUACCCCAGGACCAGAAGGCAACCAUAUUUCAGAUUUACCACUUAUAGACAGUCACAAUCCCUGGCUGUCUUCUUCAUUGACUGCUCCUUCCAUGGUAGCCCCAGUCACUUUUGCAUCUAUUGUAGAAGAAGAACUACAGCAGGAAGCAGCUCUUAUCAGAAGUCGAGAAAAACCCUUGGCUUUGAUUCAGAUUGAAGAGCGUGCGAUACAAGAUUUAUUGGUUUUCUAUGAGGCAUUUGGCAACCCUGAUGAGUUUGUCAUUGUUGAAAGGACACCACAGGGACCACUAGCAGUACCUAUGUGGAAUAAGCAUGGAUGCUAAUUUGCUGUGGAGUUGAAAUGCAUUUUUCAUAAAUCAUGAUUAUUAUAAAGCAGAGUUAUGGAAAAGAGUUCUUACAAAUUUGGUAAUAUCGUUCUAGAUAGAGUAAGAAAGGAUCUAAUUUCUUUAGUGCAGUAUAGGUAUAUAAUGUUUGUAUGAUUAAAAACAAAUGCCACAGAAUUGAUUUUUAGUAACUUUUUAUGUAAAACUGUGUAAGAGGAAAAACGUACUAGGUUAAAAAUUUAAGUAGAAUUAUUUCUCCUGAACAGUCUGAAAAGGAAAACAUGAGUGAUUGAAGUAUAAAAUUUAAGUGUGAGGCAUUAAAAAUAACUUUCCAUUUGAGAAUUUGGGAUAAAUAAGAAGAUAUUGCCAAAUAUCUGUUGUCACCCUUUUUUUUAAUAUAUAUAUGAUAUCGAUGAACUUAAAGUAGGAGCAUCAGCCAUUACUUCUGAUCCAUUAAUGGCCAAAAUUUUAUGUUUGCAAUAGUAGUUGUUUUCAUUCUUGCGUCUUUUUUGAUCAGGCCAUCAAUGUUCUAGAUCUGUUUAAAGCAUGGACUGCUCAAAUGCCAUAUUAUUUCAAUUUGUAUGCACAUUUUGCAUUAAACUACAGAGUACAGUGAAAAGAGAAUGUGAAUACUAUUCUGAAGCUUUUGUCCAAGAUAAUGGUUCUUUUAUUAAAUUUGGAGUCAUUGUGUGUUGUUUUUUUGGUGGGUAGGGAAGACCUUAUAAAAGCCUGAUUAUGAGAGAAUCAAUUUCUCAAAAUAUUAAAAUUUUCCAAAAUAAAUGCUUAAUUAUACCUACAAGAAUUGAAUAGUUUUGAAGACCCUUUACAAUAUUAUGUAAUCAGAAGUUCUCUGAGCCUGAGUUAAUGAAUAGAGAUAAACAUUGUUUUCUUUACAGUAUGCUAUUUGAGUUUUGAGUGGUUAAAUUUUUUAAAAACAAAUGUUAAACCUGUGCUCCAGUUAACUAGACAAAUUGGGAAGGUUAAUGUUCUAGUUUCUGAAACAUAAUCCUAGGGGAACAUAUAGGCUAUUCACUGCUGUAAUUCAGGUGAUUGAAAUAUGGCUGAAACUAACUUAAUACUAGAGGUUUAGCUCUACCUAAAUUUGUAAGCAAAUGUGCAAUAAAAAAUAAUCUUGAUCCA